UCGCAAUCCAUACAGCACUCUUUCGUUGUCCAAGAAGUACGGUGCGGGAGAUCGGCAAGUCCAGAAUGGAGAAGUCCUUAUGGUCUGCGGGGUGAAGCAUUCGCCUGGUGCCGAGUAGACGCGUCUUGACGCCGCCGACCAUUGUCCGAUCCCCACCAAUGCGCAACCCCUUCACUGAGCUCACUCCCCUCAUCUCGCGCAGCAUGCUGAAUCAAGGCUCCUCGAUGCUCUGGCGCGCUGGCGCUGCCUUUGUGGCGACUGGAGUCGUUACGGGUGCUUUCGGAGCCCAUGGCCUCAAGAAGCAGCCCAAUGUUACGCCGGAUACGGUGCAUGCAUGGGAGACGGCGGCUCACUACGCUGUCGUCAACGGCGUAGCCCUCCUCGCCGUGUCCAUGCACCCUCGCUUCUCCCGCCACGCCUUCGCGGGUCCCGCCAUUAUCGCUGGCACGGCCAUGUUCUCCGGCAGCAUUUUCGCGCUCACGGUCGCGAAGAUGAAGGGUCUCGGGGACAAAGUCAGGAUUCUGGGUCCCAUUACGCCUCUGGGCGGCUCCAUCUUGAUUGCUGGAUAUCUUGCUUUGUUGUUCUGAGUAGAUCACGACCGCCCGAAUCCUAUUGUAUGCAUACAAUGAUUGAAUGUGGAUCUCCCCUCUCCUGCAAACUGGCUCGACGAGUAUACCUCUAUAGUUGCGCUGGCGCUUGUCAUAUCAUGCAGCAACCUAAAGUCUUGAGCAACCC